GUUACGUUAUUAGUGUUUGCUUGUUUUUUUAUUUUUUGUGGAGUGCUUCCUCUCAUCCUGAAAAGAUGCUGUGGUGUCUCUUUUCAGAUUGCCCUUGCCAGUUUCUAUGAGGACGGGGGUGAUGAUGACAUCCUGACUCUUCCUCAGCCAACACCCAGCUCUAUAUCCAGAGGCACUGCACCCAGUGACCAUCGGGUAACAUCGUUCAGAGACCUUGUUCACGCACAGGAGGAUGAUGAUGAAGAGGAAGAGGGACAGCGGUUUUAUGCUGGAGGCUCAGAGAGAAGCGGACAGCAGAUUGUUGGCCCUCCAAGGAAGAAGAGUCCCAAUGAGCUGGUGGAAGAUCUGUUCAAAGGAGCAAAGGAGCAUGGAGCAGUAGCGGUGGACCGGACAGCCAAGAGCGGUGGCGAGACUAGCAAGCCUAAACCGUUUGCAGGGGGAGGGUAUCGCCUUGGGGCUACUCCAGAGGAGGAGUCUGCCUAUGUGGCAGGGGAGAGGAGACAGAACUCUGCUCAGGAUGUGCAUGUUGUACUGAAGCUGUGGAAGAGCGGAUUCAGUCUGGACAGUGGAGAACUGAGGAGCUACCAAGAUCCGUCCAAUGCCCAGUUUCUUGAUGAUAUCCGCAGAGGGGAAGUCCCGGCAGAGCUGCGCAGGUUAGCACGGGGUGGGCAAGUGAACCUGGAUAUGGAAGAUCACCGUGAUGAGGAUUAUGUGAAACCUAAAAGUGUCUUCAAAGCUUUUACUGGAGAAGGACAGAAGCUGGGCAGCACUGUCCCCCAGGUGAUGGGCACCAGCUCACCAGCCCAGCAGGCAGAGAAUGAAGCCAAAGCCAGUUCUGCCAUCAGCAUUGAUGAGUCGGAGCCCAUCACCAACAUUCAAAUCCGGCUCGCUGACGGCGGGCGACUGGUCCAGAAAUUUAACCACAAUCACAGGAUCCGUGACAUCCGGCUCUUCAUAGUAGAUGCCCGGCCAGCAAUGGCUGCCACCAGUUUCAUCCUCAUGACCACCUUCCCAAAUAAAGAGCUGACUGAUGAGAACCAAACCCUGAAGGAAGCCAACCUGCUCAAUGCUGUCAUUGUUCAGCGGUUAAUAUAAAGGAACCCAUCUCUCGCCACACGCCUGCCUGCAGUGCGCAUGUGUCGUCUCGUCCUGUGUGUGCACCUGCACCGUGCAGCACAGGCUCACAUCUGCUCGUAGCACUGGGUUCUUAGGUCUUGGUUGGACUUUUUUUUCUUUAGUUGCAUUUCCCAUGUUUUUUUUUUUUGUGAUGAUCAGUGGACUUUAAAAUAAAUAAACAAAAUGAACCAGUUUCGAAAGGAGCUGCAGCCUGUUGUGCCACAAAUUCUCCCACGGGAGUUUAGUUACCUUUGUGGAUUGCAUUACUGCACUCUUUAGAGGGGAGGAAGAUAAAGAGGAAGGGAAAUCCUAGAGAGCAGUUUCCGUCCAUGCCAGUUAACUGCUUAUAGCAAUCUAUUACUCUUCCCUCUUCGACAAGGACUGCUGCAAAAUACCCUCUUUAUUUUCACACGUUAAAUAUAAACUACACCAGGAUAGGUGGUCUGAUUGCCAAGAUAAUGAUGACACCACUGUAAGUGCAUUGCAGGGGAAAUCUUUGUGAAACAGCUGCUGUUUAGAGUGUGGGGAAAGCUUGCAUGUGUAUGUGCAGGUGCAAGAUUUAACACUCUCUUUGGCCUUUUCUGGAGAGAAAGUUUUGACUCUCCUUCCCUUAACUGAACUUGUAUGGGCUUCAUUGCAGUAUCCACCUACUCUGCACUUUCUCCAGAUGGACUGUUUGCAGUUUUAACCUGCUGUAUUGCAUUUCUUUGAGAAACACAAUUUGCUGCUGCCUCUUGUUCUCUCCAAGAAGGCACAUAGCUGAAUCAGUGUGAAGUGACUGAAAGUAAAAGGCAAACAGUGUAUCUUACUGGAAAGCAGAGAGGUUUUAUUUUAAAAGAUGAAUUACCAAGAUGGUGGGAACAGCUCAGGUGAAAAACUCAAGGCUGUAGUACCCUUGGGUUUAUUUCCUCUCCUCUGCUGGGUACUGACAUAGCUGGACACCUGGAAUUCUGCAACCUUGGUCUGUUCCACUGUUUAUAUUUUGGGCUCAGGUCUCCGUUUCUUCAUCGUUCCUUUGAACAGAAUCCUGUGGGUAAAUUCAUUGCUCCUAGACAUGAGGGACUCAUGGCACUGGCUUGGUUCAGGCACAGCGUAGCGCAUGCAAGUUGCCACCUAGCGUUGUGCCGCGGCACUUUGCACCAACCUGCAGCGUGCUUGCUAGUCCAGCCCUGGGCUUCAGAGCAGAACUUCAGAGCUGUGCUGAACUGUAGACUUCCAGACAUCAGCUAAAUAGGAGCUGCAUGAAGACCAGCAGUAUGUCUCUGAAAGAAGCUGGACUGUGGCUAUGCAAAGUGUUAGAGCGUGCACUCUGUUUCCUGUCUUAGUCAUCCUAGAGCCCUGGGGCUAGCGCACUGUAAGUCCACCUCCCUCCGUGCUCUGAAUUUUUUAGAUCCUCAUCUUGGUAUGAGCAGAGAACAAACUCUAGGUACGUGUAGUCUGGGGGAGGGCCGGCAGGUUGGACAGGUUCAGCAUGAGAAACUCACUGGGCUGGAUGUAUUAAUACAAAAGUGCGGGAGUAAAUACCAGACCUAAGCAAGGGCAUUUUUUAUAGCAGUUUCUCUACUCAGAGUUGAAUUAACUCACAUUUUUCAUUACUAACUGGAUAUAUAAUGUGCGUAACAGCAAAUUUGUAAAUUAUUGUGAAACAAUCAUUAAAAACCCACAAAAUAGGAA